AUGUCACGCCGAAAAACAGCCAAAAAACGUCCGGUGGCACCGGAUGCGGUAUACCAAAGCCGUCUAGUAAGCUUAUUAGUAAGUCACUUAUUAAAAGCUGGUAAAAAAAGUGUUGCUUCAAGCAUUUUUUAUGAAUCAAUGAAAGAAAUUGCCGAUACAACAUCACAAGAUCCACUUGAAGUGUUACGCCAAGCCGUAUUAAACAUUACACCAAAAGUGGAAGUAAAAUCUCGUCGUAUUGGUGGGGCCACAUUACAAGUUCCUAUGGAAGUGAAAUCAGACCGUGGAACAGCAUUAGCACUCCGCUGGCUCUUAACUGCAUCGCGUGCACGUUCUGGACGUAGCAUGGUGAAAAAAUUAAGUGCUGAAAUUAUCGAUGCAUCCAACAAUACUGGGGGUGCAAUCCGAAAACGUGAAGACACACACCGUAUGGCAGAAGCAAACAAAGCGUUUGCACAUUUCCGUUUCUAA